AUGCUUGCAGGUCCACCAUCGCCGCCAAGAAUGCCAACUAAAAUCGGUACGUUACGAAAACACAAACCAAACAGAAAACCACGAACACCAUUCACAACAGCGCAGUUGCUGGCACUAGAGCGUAAAUUUAGACAAAAACAAUAUCUGUCAAUAGCAGAAAGAGCAGAAUUUUCAGCAUCAUUAAAUCUCACAGAAACACAAGUCAAAAUCUGGUUUCAAAACAGAAGAGCAAAAGCAAAAAGACUCCAGGAAGCAGAAUUAGAGAAAUUAAGGUUCGCUGCCAAACCAAUGUUACCACCAUUAUUUGGUAUUAAUAUAUCAGCAGGCGCUGCAGGACUUUAUAAUUCAUAUUUAAAUUAUGUUGGUUUACCUAGUCAUGGCUUAUCGCCCUUGAAUAUUUAUGGACCUUCGACGUCUUUACCUCAUUAA